UAUCUUGGUCCUAGUCUGUGUAUGUCGUUUAUUUCCUGCUCUCUGCCAACCCUGAAGUUUAUAGCCUGCCUUGGUUCUCUCUUUAGUCUUGUCAUUUUACACUGUUCACUCCUGCUUGGAUUAGUGCUCACAUUAUUGGACUACCCCUCUUGUCAAGCCUUCUGGAUAUUGUUCGCCGAUCUAAGACCCACGCUUGCCCUAGGAUAAUUCUUGUGUCUUGCCCGUGUUUAUUAGUGUACAUUGACUAUGUACACUAAUAAAAGCUUGCACUUGGAUCCGCUCGGCUCAUGUCUCGUCGGCUCCGCUACAAAUGAAAUUUACGCCCCUGGCUAGGACCACAAUGCAGUUUUAUCACGCUUACAAUCAAACCAGCUUAUUAAACCAGUCGUCCACUACUGGAUAAACGGCAGACCUGCUGGACAGACUACAACUUCUCCUCUUUUCUUUUUAGAGCCAGCGAGAUCUCAUUGAUUCACUGAUUGUCUUCAUGAUGACCAUCAUCUCUCUGAUCCUGCUGGUCUCUCUGCUGCCACACCUGACCUUCACUGCUCGUGUGAAUGUGGGUAUAGUGAACGGCAGGGACGCAAAACCCCACUCCAGACCUUACAUGGUGUCUGUUCAAACAAAGGAUCAUCAUAUCUGUGGAGGAUUCCUCAUCUCUGAUAGAUUUGUCAUGACUGCUGCACAUUGCCGAAACAUUGCUCCAGUUGUGACGGUUGUGCUAGGUGCGCAUGACCUACGAAAAAAGAGUGAGAAUUCAGUCCGAUUCACAGUGGAUUCAUACCAUCAGCAUCCAGACUUCACCAACAAAUCUUUUCAUAAUGACAUCCUGCUUUUGAAGUUAGAAAAAAAUGUACAACUGAAUGACAAUAUCAAGUGGAUAGCCAUACCAGCGGAAGAAGGUGAUAUCGAAGCAGGUUCUGUUUGCAGUAUUGCAGGCUGGGGACUUUUAGAAACUAAAGGCAAGAAAAGCAAUCACCUCAUGGAGACAAACGUGACGGUCAUGAAUAACAAGAAAUGUGAAAGUAAAUGGGGGAAGGAGCACUUUUCCGCUUCACAGAUGAUGUGUGUACAUGGCAAUGGAGGAAGCUGUGAUGGGGAUUCAGGAGGUCCUUUAGUUUGUGGAGACACUGCAGUUGGUAUCACAUCCUUCGGUGACCCUGAUGUCUGUAAUUCACCUGAGCUACCUGAAGUUUAUACUAAGAUUUCAGCAUAUCUUCCAUGGAUAAAGAACAUAAUUGGAAAUGUCAAUUGAAUCUUGCAGAUAAAAUGGGGUGAUUUUUUGGCAGAUGUGUUGAGUUCAUUUCCCCUCUAAAUCUUCUUUUAAUAAUCAUAAUAUACACUGAUAUAGUUGGUAAAGAUUUAAAUGAAUCAGAAAUGGUAUUUUAAACCAGAUAUGAAACUGCAAACAGACAAUUUGAUAUUUGAAGAUAACCAUCAUAAACAUUUACAGAAUGCUAUUGAAAAUGCCCACUGACUAUAAAAGAAAUAUAUAUUUUUUCUAAUUAAGGAAAAUAUACCCCACUGUUUGGGGUCACUAAGAGAUGCUGUACUUUUAAACUUUAUAUUCAAAUAAAAAAAAUCCUUAAAAAUGUAUCAAUUUGCACAAAAAACAUUAAGUAUCACAAUGGUUUUUAACAUUGAUAAUAAUAACAAAAGUUUCUUGAGCAGCAAAUCAGCAUAUUAGAAUGGUUUCUGAAGGAUCAUGUGACACUAAAGACUGGUGUCACAACGCUGUGUUGUAGUUAGGGAUGGGUACCAAGAACCGGUAUUUUUUUGGACCGGUAUGUAAUUGAGUCAAUACCGGACUACGAUACUAUUAUAAUUUGACAUCAAAUGUUAACUCAGCGGUAGAGUUACACUCACGAGACACUGCACUUAUUCGCAAUCACAAAAGUAGAUUAUUUGCGUGUGCAAAGCCUUGCCGGUUAAACGUUUCAUUCGCACGCUGUUCUGACGUGCUUAUUCGGAGUGCUUACACUUGAAGCGUGCAUAGGGGAGAGUGGGGUGAUUUGUGCCAGGGGAGAAGUAGUUCCACCCUUGUUUCUGGAAUACCAUAAAAGAAAUUGGUCAUGUGACCACAAUUUUGAAAAGCCAUCCAUUUUACUCAUCCUCCAAAGAAGAGAGACACAUGGCAUGAGAGGUAAGCACAUUUUAGCUCAAAAAACUGUUUUUUUCCUU